GCGAGAGAGAUACGCAACAGGGGGGAGUGAAGGAGAGAGAAUUCAGGGGAGGACGAAAACAUCAUCAUGGUUUCAAUCACAGAGACUCAGAAGAUUGGUGUUGGUCUCACAGGCUUCGGCCUCUUCUUUCUGCUCUUUGGCGUGCUUCUGUACUUUGACUCUGUCUUACUGGCAUUUGGGAAUGUUCUGUUUCUGGCUGGCCUGGCAUUCAUCAUUGGCCUGAAAAGGACGGCAGGGUUCUUCUUCCAGAGACAGAAGCUCAGAGGCUCAACCUUCUUCCUGGGGGGCGUGGCCUUGGUGCUGUUCCGCUGGCCAAUCAUUGGCAUGGCUGUGGAGAGCUACGGCUUCGUGCUCCUGUUCAGGUGUGUUAGAAAAUAGAGCACCUCUAGGAUAGUGAAAAAGAGGACAUUUUACAUUUUGGUAAUUCAGCAGACACUUUCAUCAUUGAGUGCCUUAGACAUCCAGAGCAUCUUAGAAGACAUGCGUUAAUGGAAGCAAGUUGGGACAACAACUUAAAAACAGGAUAGCUGGGAGAGGAUUAUGCUAGAUGAGAGACAUACAGUACCUUGGCGACAGCACCCUAUUUUUAAACGCCUGCCUCGUUUCAUCUCUUUCAUACCGACUGAUUGGAAAGUUCCAACCACAUAAAAAACAGAGCAAAAUUAAUUGAAAUCGAUGGCAGCAAUUAUUUGGACUGAAGCAAUAGAAUAUAAACUCAGACUUCGGAAUGGAAUGUUGCCCAUUCACAUAUCAUAUGUGUCACGUCUGCUCCUGCUGCUCCUUACUGGCGCUCGAGGACGCCAGGAUGCCCAUCAUUACGCACACCUGUCACCAUCAUUACAUGCAUCAGUGCUUGCUGGACUCAUCUGGACUCCAUUACCUUGUUGAUUGCCCCUCCUAUAUCUGUCUGUUCCUUGGUUAGAUCCCUGUGCUCUCUGAGAUGUCGUUCUGUCCAUCACUGUUUGCGGCCCACCUGUUAGCUUGCAUGAUUCUUUCGAUUCUCCUUCGACCUCUCAUCAAAGAGCUGUUUUUGCCCACAAGACUACUGCUGCCUGGAUCUUUUUUGUUUGUCGCUCCAUUCUUGGUUAACCCUAGACACUGUUGUGUGUGAAAAGCCCAGGAGCCCACACUUUUCUGAGAUACUGGAACCAAUGAUCAUACCAUGCUCAAAGUUGCGUUGGCCACUCAUUUUGCCCAUUCUAACUUUCAGUCGAACAGUAACUGAACGCCUCAAUGCCUGUCUGCCUGCUUUAUAAAGCUUGUCUGUCAAAAUGUUGGAUAUUAGGUUAUUAAAUGAUUGCAUCUGA